CUCAUUCAUUCUCACAUACAUACAAUAAAGAGAUCGACAAUCUCUCCUAACUUUUAGGCAUACACACUUAUAAAUAAAAGCUUGGUUGGCACUUCUGCCUGUAUUAGUGUGUUGUAUAUACACAAAUACAAUAAAUGUCGUCUGCGGCGGCGGCGGCACUUCCUAAUACAGAAAAUGAAGCGAAAACUCUUGAAGAUUCCUCGGACUACAAGGGCCGCCCCUCCCUCCGCUCCUCCUCCGGCGGCUGGACCAGUGCCGCCAUGAUUUUAGGGGUUGAAGCAUGUGAAAGGAUGACGACGUUGGGUAUCGCCGUCAACCUCGUGACGUAUUUGACGGGGACCAUGCAUUUAGGAAACGCAAACGCCGCUAACAACGUUACUAACUUUCUUGGGACCUCCUUCAUGCUCACCCUCUUAGGUGGCUUCGUGGCUGACACUUUCCUGGGAAGGUAUUUAACCAUCGCCAUUUUUACAACUAUACAAGCCACGGGUGUGACCGUUUUGACCAUCUCUACCAUAAUACCAAGCUUAAGGCCUCCAAACUGUGAUCGGGGAAGUCCUUCAUGCAUUCCGGCGAGCAGCACACAACUCACCGUCCUCUACGCCGCCCUCUACCUCACCGCACUCGGAACCGGCGGCCUGAAGUCCAGCGUGUCCGGCUUCGGGUCCGACCAGUUCGAUGAAACCGACAGCAAAGAGCGCGUGCAGAUGGUGAAGUUCUUCAGCUGGUUCUUCUUCUUCAUCAAUGUGGGGUCUCUGGCCGCCGUGACGGUGCUAGUGUACAUCCAGGACAGCUUUGGGCGGCGGUGGGGCUACGGCAUUUGCGCCGGUGCCAUCGUUGUGGCGGUUGUCGUCUUCCUGUCGGGGACGAAACGGUACCGUUUCAAGAAGCUUGUGGGGAGCCCGCUGACGCAGGUCGCUUCGGUUUUCGUGGCGGCGUGGAGGAACAGGCGCUUGGAGCUGCCGUCGGACUCUUCCCUUCUUUUCAACGUUGAUGACGUCAACGGCGACCUGAAAUGCAAGAAUAAGCAAAAAUUACCACACAGCAAACAGUUCCGGUUCUUAGACAAGGCGGCAAUCAGAGGCCAUGAAGUUACAGUGGAAAGCAAAUGGUCUCUAGCAACGUUAACAGACGUGGAAGAGGUCAAACAACUGAUUAGAAUGUUGCCCACUUGGGCCACGACCAUAAUGUUUUGGACUGUCUAUGCUCAAAUGACAACAUUUUCUGUGUCACAAGCCACCACCAUGGACCGCCACAUCGGAAAAUCCUUUGAGAUCCCCGCCGCUUCGUUGACCGUCUUCUUCGUGGGGAGCAUCCUGUUGACCGUCCCGGUAUACGACCGCGUUGUGGUCCCCGUCGCUCGACGCUUCCUAAGGAACCCACAAGGUCUAUCCCCAUUGCAACGAAUUGGCGUUGGUCUAGUGUUCUCAAUAUUUGCCAUGGUAGCCGCGGCAUUGACCGAAGUCAAACGGCUAAAGGUUGCCCACUCAAGCGGUAUGACCGGUCGCAUGAACGCCACGGUACCUAGGAGUGUGUUUUGGCUGGUCCCACAGUUCUUCCUAGUUGGUGCAGGAGAGGCCUUCACUUACAUAGGACAGCUUGAUUUCUUCCUAAGGGAGUGUCCUAAGGGGAUGAAAACAAUGAGCACAGGUCUUUUCCUAAGCACAAUAUCUCUGGGGUUCUUCUUCAGCUCAAUCUUGGUUACCAUUGUCCAUAAGGUGACAGGACACAAAAGGCCAUGGCUGGCUAAUAACCUCAACCAAGGGAGGCUAUAUGAUUUCUAUUGGUUGUUAUCACUUCUAAGUGUGAUUAACUUGAUGCUUUUCUUGUUCUGCUCAAGAUGGUAUGUGUACAAGGAGGAGAGGCUUGCAAGUGAGGGGAUUGAACUAGAGGAGGCAUCAGCAGAAACUGCAGCCUGCCAUUAAUUUACACAUGAAUGAUGAGAAUUGAAGGGAAUACAAUGUUUUUUGUUCUCUAUCUGCAUGUGUAUGUUCAUAAGAAGCAUGUAUGUGUUUCAAACCUUUUUAGUGUCUAUAUUAAAAUCCUAAGUUGCAUGAUGCAACUAGAUCUUCUUUAGUUUCUAAGUAUUUUAACAAUUGAUUAUGUAUAUGUGUAUGUAUAUUUAUAUGUAUAGAGGUAGCUAGGAAGCCUAGCAAGGCCCUAGUUCACUCAAAAUUUGGAAAAUAGUUACUGGCAUAUUUUAUGUACUACAUAUUGGUUUACAAGAGUAUCAGAUCUUUGUAUGGAAUCACCCUAAUAUUUUUUCUAUAAA